AUGAAUCAGCGACAUUUUGAUUUACCUGGACCAAGUAAUGAACGAAGGAUGAGAUUUUUGUCGAGAAAUAGAGCAAAAACAACGGAACAAAAUGAAAAGCGGUUAAAAUUUAUCAGUACACAUGGUAGCAUGACGAUGCGAAACUUCGAAACAGGUCAAGUAUCGGAUGUGGAAGUUACCAUGAAACCAUUGAAAGAUCGCUCUCGAUCAAUGUCACCGUUGAAACAAUUAAGAGCAUAUUCAUUUCGUUCGAUGCCUUCAGAAGAAAGCAUACUUUCGGAAAUUCAACAAGAAUUAAUUCGUCAAUCGUGGCAAACAAUAACUAAAAAAUUAGAAUUUACCAAUCAAAGUUUUGGAUUUUUUGUUUAUCGGCGAAUUUUCGAGCGAAAUCCACUACUGAAGCGAGUCUUUCAUGUGGAAGAAUAUGAUUUGCUUGAUUCAAUUCCUGAAAAACAUUCCAUUUAUCGUCAAAUGCGAUUAUUUACCAAUUUAAUAUCGCUUACGGUACGUCAUGUCGAUGAACUUGAAAUAGAAAUUGCCCCGGCAAUUUUCCGCUAUGGACAACGACAUUACAAAUUUGCAGAGGAACAUUUUAAUGAAGAAACAGUACGGCUAUUCUGUAGUCAGGUGGUGUGUACGGUAGCAGAUCUUUUAGGAUCUGACAUUGAUCCGGCUUGUAUCGAAGCAUGGAUUGAUUUAAUGCGUUAUAUUGGAUGCAAACUAUUGGAUGGUUUCAACUAUAGAUAUAAGAAAAAUCGAAUGGCUGCUGCGUCAUCAAUUCAAAACUUAAACAAACCUAAAGAUGCUUUUGAGCAGUUAGAAGACGAGGAAGGUACCCGCCAAGGCUUCUGUCAUAUUCGUAUUCAGCAACGAACUGGCCGUAAAACUAUCACAACUGUACAAGGAAUUGCACCUGAAUAUGAUCUGAAAAAGAUUGUUCGUUAUCUAAAGAAGUUCGGGAUUUUUGCCUAUAUCACUCUUGAUAUUGUGGGUGAAGAUCGUAUACCGGUGCGAGACAUUAUGCUAUCAAAAUUCACUCUGCUAUACGCUUUGAUUGCUCUACGUAUUAUGAAUGUCUUUCUGGUUCGGACAUAUUUUGUACCAGAUGAACUUUUCCAAAGUGUGGAAGUAGCUCAUUGGGCAGUUUAUGGUACCGGAUAUUUAUCCUGGGAAUGGAUGGCUUCACUUCGUUCCGUUUUACAUCCGUUUAUUAUUGCUGUAUUAUACGUCUUGGGACAUAUGUGUACCGUCGAUUCCAAUUUAUUCAUUAUUCAAACUCCUCGUUUGUUACAUGCGUUAUUAUUUGCACUUUCAGAUUAUUGUUAUUAUAAAUUUGCUAGACGUAUUUUAACACGUAAUGAAGCAAAAUAUGCUCUUUUAAGUUAUUUAUCUUGCUGGUUUGUAUGGUAUUGUGCUCCGCGUACACUUUCAAAUACAUUAGAAACGGUGUUGACAUUAUUUGCUCUUCAAUGGUAUCCAUUAUCAAAGGCUGAUCUGAAACAGACCUGUUGGCCUUAUAUGUCUCUUGGUUUCCUAACCAUUUUGAUUCGACCUACUACUAUUCUAAUUUGGAUUCCUUUUGGUUUGUGGCAUCUUUGGCGAUCCAAUUCAUUAAUAGAAUUGUUGUUUUGUACUGUUCUGCCAUCAUGCUUCCCGAUUCUAUUUCUGGUAACUAUUUUGGAUUCUGUUGCAUAUGGUAAGCUAACGUUUACAGCAUGGAAUUUCAUACGUUUCAAUGUUUUAGAAGGUGGAAGUAGUCAUUUUGGGUCACAUCCUUGGUAUUGGUUCAUAUCGCAAGGGUUACCUUCUGUGCUGACAAUACAUUUGAUCCCAAUAUUCUGGGGUAUGAUUAUUGCACUAAGAAACAAUUCUAUUCCAUUUGUUUUCUUCUUUGUUCCCACACUAUACAUCACAACUCAUAGUUUGAUUGCUCAUAAGGAGCACCGAUUUUUAUUGCCUAUUAUACCGUUGUUGUGUCUUUUUGCUGGUAUUUUUUUCAACAAUAGGCUGUCGCAUACGAUGAAAAAGUGUUAUAUUUUCUGGAUUCCAUUAUUGCUUAUUGUUAAUAUAUCCUUGGCAGCAUACUUUGGUUUAUUUCAUCAAAUUGGUCCUUUUUCCGCAACAUAUUGGAUUAUAGAGAAUGCAAAAAUGCGAUUUGCAGAGGGUCAACAUUUUGAAUUGGUUCAUUUGAUGCCUUGCUUCUCUUUACCACAGUAUAGUUAUUUUCAUGGCUUUAAUGUAACAGUUACAGCACUUGAUUGUUCGCCCAGGUUUUCCAAUCUUCUGGAUUACAUGGAUCAGGCGGAUCAUUUUCAUGAUGAUCCAAAUCUCUGGAUUGAUGCAAAUCUUGAUUUAGUCAAAAAAGCCCAUUAUCUCGUAUUCUAUGAGAAAACCUACCAAAAGGAAUAUAACUGUAACGGGACUACAGUGGAUCACCCGGAAUAUGGUGAAGUAAUCCAACUUACCGGUGAUCAAAGGCAACACAUUAAGGAUUUUCUGUGCAGAGUUGGUAUUGUCAAGGAGGAAAAUUGCAAAAUUCAUGGUUUUUAA